AAAAUAUACGUAUCUUUUGAGGAUAUUUUCAAGAACAUCCAAGAGCUUACGAAGUCAUUGUCUGAUCAGAAAACAUGUCUGCUGCAAGACAACAAGUUCUGGGCAGAACUCUGCAUAGUUUUGGGUGUACCAAAUACAUCCCCAAAUAGAUAUAAACUAAAAAGGACAUACAAAGAUGAAAAAAUGACAAAUGUCCAAACGGAGGAAGAUAAAAAGGAAGAUGCUCCAGAGGCUGAAGGUGCACAAGCUGAAGAAUUUACUCAAGACCUGAGUGAUUUUCAAAAGGAAGAUGGAAAAGAACAUACUAAGAAGAAGGACAUCGUAAAAGAUGAGGAAUGUUUGAAAGCAGAAGAGGGAAAUAAAGAUUUAGAAAAACCUAAAGAGUUUGGGCAGGAAAAAGUAAAGAACUUGGACUUAAUGGAGGUGAAGACAGUGCUAAAGGAGAAAGAUGGAGAGAAAGAUGUACUAGAGGUUGAAUGCGCAAAUGAGGAAGAAGUUAAACAGAAGAUGAAAACAUUAAAAAAGGAUGAUGAUAAAGAAAACAUGAGCGAGAAGGACUUCAUACAGGAGGAUGAAGAUUUAACAGUAGACACUGCAAAUGAAAUGAAAAAGGUCCAGCAGGAGGAAGAUGCUCACAACAGAGAUUCCAGGAUGGAAGACAGUGACAGUUGGAGUGACAGCGUUGAUGAUGUCAGUCUUGACAAAGAAAAUGAAUUCUUUACAGAGAGUGUUCCUGCACCACAUUCUUUUUUUUUUAUUCCUAAAACUGCCUGGAAAACACUAAGAACAAAAAAAAAGAUCACUUUAAGGGAUUGCAGUGGACCAACAUUAUCUCUGCAGGCAUUCGCACAGUCCAUCCAUAUUGCAGUUUUGCCUUUACAGGCCACAGGGUUAAAAUACAAGGAUCAACCAGGGCACGCACCUGUUUUUAAAUGCUCUGGCUAUUGUAUGUUUACUGACUGCCCAGUAGAAGUUGAAGUUCUUGUUCACAGUGAGAAAACACUUAAAGCACAUGUGUCCUUCAGAGUUGACAUGUCAGUGCACAAUAAAAGAGAGCUCCAAAGGCGACCUGUAAGAGCUGAUGCCCAAAAGGAAAUAAGUCAGCAAUUGCAAACAACACUACCAAGGGCACUCUACCUUCAAAAAAAGGAAACCUUAGGGAAUCUGUGGUAGAAUCUGGCUGUCGAGAUGAGGCACCUUCGCCAGGUGUUUUGAAAUCCAUUUCCUGGAGACAAAGAAUGAAGGACAGGAAACAUAGAAAUGAAACUGUCAGUCUCCAGAUGAUGGUAAAUGAAAAAAGAGAAGAACCGGAUGAGGUAAUCCAGAAAGUCAUCCUUCAUCCGAUUGUGUAUCCGAAAUACACAAUCAUUAAUUGUGUAUUUUCUGAGUGCUUUCCAAACAGAUCAUGCCAAGCAAUAUGGUCACAAAAACAUCCGUCCACUUAUGAUCAUAUGUGAUGGAUCCUUGGUGCUCAUGCAUGCCAUUUCACUCGUCUUCUGCCAAACCAACCUCAAUGCCUUGGUCCAAAGUUAUUUUAGAAUUCUGACAGGGAAAGGCACUGCUGAAGACUUUGAUCUGCCUAUACUCCACCGCUGUCUUAGUCAUAUCAUGAAAAAUGCUAAAUCCCUGUGCAAAAAGCAUGCACCAAAGAACUACAAGCUGGCCAUGCAUAUUUUUGGACUUCUGACCACAGCAAGGUCCAUUGCUGAGUUUGAUGA